AUGGUGGUCGGAAGCCUCUACAUUAUGCAGCAGACUGUGGACAAGAAGAAAUCCUGGAGUAUCUCCUGUCAAAGGGAGCUGAUAUCAAUGCACCAGAUAAACAUGGCAUCACUCCUCUUCUGUCUGCUACCUAUGAAGGACAUAUGA